CUUUGUGGUAACUGCCAGCCCUGCCUACUGCACCGUGCGCCCUUCUCCCCAGGGACUGGGGAGAGCCUCCCGGUGGGGCCGCGGCCCUGCGCCCGCCCUGGGGACACGGGCGGCAGCGCAAACAGCGGCUUCCCCGCGCGGCCUCCGCCCGGCAGCUGGAGCGUUGGGCGCGGCUCCGGGGUGGGUGGGCCCCGGCUGCUUCCCCGGGAACAACGACCCGUCCGCGCCCGCUCCUCCGAGUUCACCUCCGUGCGCGCCGGGGUCUCCCGGGCCGCCCCUGCCCCUCGCGGACUGGGGGCCUGGAGAGCGCCGGGCUCGGGGGCUGGCUGGCGGGGCGCCGCCCUCAGCCUAGCGCCCCGGGGAGCCCCGGCGGGGCGGGGCCGGGGCGGGGCCGGCGCCCCCCGCCCGCCCGGCGCUCGGCUGUCUGCGCGCGCGGCGCUCGGCGGCGCUCGGCUGUCUCCGGCCGCUGCGGCGCGGGGCAUUUUCUCCGCAGCUCGGCUCGCGGCCGCGCCCGCCGCCGCCCCGGCCCCGGUGCCCAUGCAGGCCAUCAAGUGCGUGGUGGUCGGCGACGGCGCCGUGGGGAAGACGUGCCUGCUGAUCAGCUACACCACCAACGCCUUCCCGGGAGAGUACAUCCCCACCGUCUUCGACAACUACUCGGCCAACGUGAUGGUGGAUGGGAAGCCGGUCAACCUGGGGCUGUGGGACACCGCUGGGCAGGAGGACUACGACCGCCUGCGGCCGCUCUCCUACCCCCAAACCGACGUCUUUCUGAUCUGCUUCUCCCUGGUGAGCCCUGCCUCCUUUGAGAAUGUUCGUGCCAAGUGGUACCCGGAGGUGCGGCACCACUGUCCCCACACGCCCAUCCUCCUGGUGGGCACCAAGCUGGACCUCCGCGACGACAAGGACACUGUCGAGCGGCUGCGGGACAAGAAGCUGGCGCCCAUCACCUACCCCCAGGGCCUGGCCAUGGCCCGGGAGAUCGGCUCGGUCAAGUACCUGGAGUGCUCGGCCCUGACGCAGCGUGGCCUGAAGACCGUGUUCGACGAAGCCAUCCGAGCCGUGCUGUGCCCGCCCCCCGUGAAGAAGCCCGGGAAGAAGUGCACGGUCUUCUAGAACCUUCUAGAGCCCUCUAGAGCCGGGCGGCAGGGCCCGGACCAGUGCCCACCUGUGCCUGCCGUCGUUGCCGAGUCGGUUGCCCUGGGUCCGCGGUGGGGGGUGGGA